AUGUGCCUCUGUCGUCUGCUCACGCUGCUGCUGGCUUCCGCUUUUUAACCUAGGCCUGUGUAUGGCUUCCGAAUACUGCUGCCUCCACCGCCACCACUGCCACCGCCACCCUGCGCCAUGUGCCUCUGUCGUCUGCUCACUGCUGCUGACUGACGGCUUCCGCUUUUUAAACUAGUCCUGUGUAUGUCUUCCGAAUACUGCUGCCUCCACCGCCACCCUGCGCCAUGUGCCACUUUCGGGUCUCCUCACACUGCUGCCAGGUCCAGAGUGUGUCAUGGGUCCCUGUACGGCCUCCCAUUGCUGCUGACUUCAUCGCCAGACUCUGCCAUGUGCCACUUUCAGGUCUCCUUACACUGUUGGUGGGUUCCAUUUUGUGAUAGGGUGCUG